AUGGGACACCACGUACAGGCGUUCGCCGAUGAUGUGGUGAUGGUUUUCUCAGGGGAUACAGCACAGGGGAUUCAAAGAGAGGCAGAUGCUGCCCUAGCGCAUGUUCGGGCGUGGGGUGUCAGAAACAAACUCAACUUUGCCCCCCACAAAACCCAAGCAAUGGUAGUGACAAACAAAAUGAAGUAUGACUCCCCACGACUGAGCAUGGGAGGGGUCAGCAUCGGACUCUCCCGCGAGAUUAAGAUCCUGGGUCUCACAGUGGACGAUAAGUUGACUUUUAACACACACGCAACAAAUGUCUGUCAAAAGGCUCUUGGAAUCUACAAGCAGCUAGCUCGGGCAGCAAAAAUCCACUGGGGCCUGGGACCAGAAAUAACACGAACAAUCUACACGGCAGUAAUCGAACCGGUGAUUAUGUACGCAGCUAGCGCAUGGGCACCUGCAACAAAUAAAAUAUGUGUGAGAAAGCAGCUGGAUGCGGUGCAGCGAGGAUUUGCACAGAAGAUAAUUAAGGCAUACAGAACGGUCUCACUUAACUCAGCCCUUCUGCUUGCAGGGUUGCUUCCACUGGAUAUUAGAGUCCGAGAAGCAGCCUCACUUUAUUGUAUAAAGAAAGGCUACGCCCGGCAAGCGGUCGGAGAUAGAGAGAUUGAGAAAUUGAUUCCAUAUGAAAACACGCCUCAUCCCGCAAAAAUGACAGAAUUACAAUUUACUUGUGUGGCAGACCGGGCACAACUAGAGGAGCACAACUCAGAAGGCCUCAAAAUAUAUACGGAUGGCAGCAAAUUAGAAGGCAAGGUCGGAGCAGCAGUCUCAGUAUGGAGAAACGGUACGGAGACCAAAACCAAGAAACUAAAGUUAGACCAUUUCUGCACUGUCUACCAAGCUGAACUGCUGGCACUUCUGGAGGCAACAACACAGGCCCUCCAAAGCCCGAUCCCAAACUGCAGCAUAUAUUGCGACUCAAGAUCCGCCCUUGAGACAGUCGUGAAUAACGUUUCCCUCCAUCCCCUAGCAGUCCAAAUAAGAAGCAACCUAAAUGAUUUAGGAACAAUGGGCAAAAUAACUGAGUUAUUUUGGAUCAAAGCCCAUGCCGGGUUGGAAGGAAACGAAAGAGCGGACGUCCUCGCCAAGGAAGCUGCCCUCAAAUUAAAAACAAAGCCAAAUUAUGACAGGUGCCCAGUCUCAUACGCAAAAAGGCAAAUACGAUUAGAGUCACUUGAAGAAUGGAACCAGCGUUACCAUCAAGGCGAGACCGCUUCAACCACGAAAAUCUUCUUCCCAGAUGCCAUAGAGGCAAAUCGUAUUAUUAAGAAAAUACAACUGGACCAUGUUCUGGUACAGGUGCUGACGGGACAUGGCGGGUUCUCCGAAUACCUGAACAGGUUCAAGUGUAAGGACAACCCGGCAUGUACCUGUGAUCCCCAGAAGCAAAAGAAACUGUCCCACAUAUAUUGCUCGAAUGCCCAGCCCAUACAAGAGAACGAUUCGACCUGGAACAGAGUAUUGGACAAAACAUGA